AUGGAGUCAACUUCAACGCACCAAAAGCGCCCAUCAAGCCACGAUGGCGACCCUGAAAAUGUCAAAAAGUCUCGCAAAGCGAAAGCUAAGACAGGCGAAGAGGACGUAGAACACGUCUGUCAGGGCAAGGACAAGUCAGCAUGGGUGGAUUACGAGUACGCCGUAUUCCAUACCACCGGGACCCUCAACGCACAAGCCGUCCGCAAGCUGCCGAAACCAGACCUCGAGGUGCUCUUGCCGCGAGCUUUACCAGAGACGGAGUAUGAUCAAGACUGGUCGACAGACGAUGAAACUGCGCUCCAAAGCAGCUGGCAGGCAGACCCGUAUCGGUUAGAUCUCAUCGAGUACAAGGAUGCCGACAUUGGCAAGGCAUUCCGGCAAUCACUCAGAUUCUUCGGUAUCACGCCGUUCGAGCUCAUCUCCGAAAAAUACGACCUCGUAUACGGCGGAAACAUUGGCAAGAUCCGGGACAAAUGGGCUCCGAAAUUCAGCUUGACCCUGUACCAUCUCAUCCCGCACCCUCUGUGGGGGAGAGAUCCCAGACUUCUCGUCAUUGCGCUGCAAUACACUUCCAUACUGAGGAACCGCGACCUGCGCUCAUGGAAGCUUGUUCGUCCAAACGAGGACCCAUUCUUCAAGAUAUUUGAGGAGGUCAUUAAGGAAACCAAGGGCCAGAAUCUGCCUAUUUACAACCUGCAUAAACAGGUGCGAAAGCGGCUCAAGCAGCAGCGCACGCCAUCGAUCUUUUCGCUCUUCCUGACGGCCCUGGAGGAAAUUGUCGAAGUCGAGGCCCGCGUGGACACUACCGAUAAGAAUGGCCCUGUCAACGUUUACACCAUUUCUCGGUAUGAUCUGGCGUCCGUCCAAAAAGCAUUGGAUGGAACGGCGUACAUGGGGAUACCCUCCUUCCUGCCAACAGAGCUCAUAAAGGAGCACAUGUACAACUCUUCUACAGACAACCCGCCUCUAGGCCCAUCGGCGCUCACCACUUACAUUGAGCGAGCCCUCGUCGCAGUUCGCCGCUACAAGGCAAAGGCCGAGAAUCGCCACAAGCGUUUGGGCGACCAGCAGCAGACCGAUCAAGAGCCACCCGACACGGCAUGGGGGCCCAGCAUCAAAUCACAGGAGACAGAAACAUUCUGCGUCAAAAGGACGAGGCACUUCAACAGCAGCUGA